UUACCUUUGCUUUUAUCGAUCGGACAAACUGUUAAAUGAAGCUUACGGAUGUUUAGCGUCAACAUUUAAACAGUAUCAAUGCCGACGCUUGUGUGGAGAUCUCCAGUGUAGAUCCAGUCUGUUGUACAAUGACAGUCUUUCAUCUGGAUGAUUUUGUAGCAGGAUGGAUUGGAGGAGCAUCCAGUGUGAUUGUAGGACAUCCACUUGACACAGUCAAGACUCGUUUACAAGCUGGCAAAGGAUACAAGAAUACUCUGCACUGUGUUGUAACAAUCUACAAAAAGGAAAAUGUUACAGGCUUUUUCAAAGGACUGUCCUUUCCACUGGCUAGCAUCACACUCUAUAACUCUCUGGUGUUCGGCUUCUUCAGCAACACACAACGCCUUAUUAGCAGAUAUCGUUAUGAUGACGGUAGACACCCUUGCAGCAUGCUUGACUUGACUGUAGCGAGCAUGUUGACCGGUCUGGUUUCAGUGGGGGUGGGCGCCCCUGUUGACCUUGUCAAAAUUAGACUGCAGUUGCAAACCCAACCUGUUCUUGCAGAGAACUUUAACCUUGCUGGGAAUGGGAGUGUCCCUCUUCGGUCAAUGGGGAUUCAGUCCCAGUUUAUGUACAGAGGGCCACUGCACUGCAUUAGUACUGUCCUGCAGAAUGAGGGCAUUCAAGGACUCUACCGAGGAGCAGGAGCCAUGAUAUUGCGGGAUGUACCUGGUUACACAUUGUACUUCAUACCCUACACAUUAUUCUGCAACUGGCUGAAUCCUGAUGGCAGUGGCACACCUCAUCCCUGCUGCAUAUGGCUAGCAGGAGGUUUAGCAGGAUCCAUCUCGUGGGUCACCGCCACACCUGCUGACGUGGUGAAAAGCAGGUUGCAAGCAGAUGCAAUGCAGCAGAGGAAAUACAAGGGCAUUGUGCAUUGCAUCAUGCAAAGUUACAAGACAGAGGGAAUACAUGUUUUCUUUCGUGGGGCGACUGUGAAUGCUAUCAGGGGAUUUCCAAUGUCUGCAACAAUGUUUCUUGGUUACGAGCUUUCACUCCAGUUUUUCCGCAGUUUCUAAAAGACUCAAGCUGAAACAAGCUAAUGCACAUUACAUUCUCCUGGAAAUGAUUUUAGAGCAUUUGUGAUUUUAAUGGCAUGCAGACUUACAUGUGGCAUUUAUUGCCAUAUAUAUAGUGAGUUCAUUGUUGGUACAAUGAAGAGCAGGGAAGCUUUUAGGUGUUUCUUAUAUUAAGAAAAUAGUGAAAAUAUAUAUAUUUGGUCAUAUUUGGUUUGCUCAGAUAUUUUAAUAUAUGAUUAUGCAUUAUCUGCAUGUGAAAGAUUUAAAACAAUUUAUUUUGCUAAAAAAAUACCUGUCCUGUAUAUGUACUUUAAAGUGGUCACUAUCAUGCAUUAUCAGCUAACAAAUCAUUAGCCUGGGCUUAAAUGUUUUUAUCUGCUUUUUUUCCAUGUGCCUUUAAGAUGAUUUGCUAAUGUAAUAUCAUGCAAAUGGGAAUAAAUCAAAUUAUAUAGUGAACCUGUAA